GUGGGGCCGCCCUGGCUUCAGUGACUUUCUUUAUUUUUUAAGAAAAAAAGAACCGACGGACCAGCAGGAGGGGUGGGAUGCAGAACUGAACAGGACAUACUGAAGGGGAAAAUAGAGGGAACGCUAAUGCUACAAAAUAUGGAGUCUUGCCCGAUGUACAUGUGUGUGUUUUACAAUACACUGAUGUAGCCAGUCAAUUUUUUAUAUUUAUUUGAACUAUUUUUUGUGUGUGUGACAUCUGCAAUGACGAGGGUCGGGGUUUUGAGCAGGACCGCAGCGAUUGUGCUCUGUCUUUUGGGAUGCAAUGUGUGGAAAGCGGUAACCAAAACCCUGCAAGAUGACAACCCUCUAAAAGAGGUGACUCUGAAGGUUCACCUGAGUGAUGCCAGCACCCACCAGCCCCUGGGUGGAGCCACCAUCGAGCUCUUCGCCAACCACACCUCUGUAACCACAGAGACCUCUGCUGCCGACGGCAAUGCCUACCUGCGUUUUCCCUACCGCCUUGGAACCCUGCUGGUUGUCACAGCAACCAGACAGGGCUACGUGCCAAAUUCUGCCCCCUGGAGACCCACCAGACUGCCCGUGUUUUCCUCUCUCAGUCUGGAGCUGCUACCAGAGAGAGCUGCCACUCUGAUGGUGUAUGAAGACCUGAUACACAUUAACUCUGGAUCCCAAGGAUCGAGGGGUCAGUCCUGGGUUCAGUUCCAGCGUCGAGCCCUGAGCCUCCCUCCCAACUCAUCCUACAGCAAUCUCACUGCCCUGCUGACUGUGGCCAACAACCCCAGCCACAUCCAGCACUUCCCCUACCUACAGGGCCUGGGGGGCAACGGAACAGGAAGUGAGCGUAGGUUUGAGCUGACUCCAGUGGCGGCCAUCUCUGUCCACCUAUUUGCCAGCGAGGGGGUGGAGCUCCAGGUGAACUGCCCAAUCAGCAUCUCCAUCUCUCUACCGGCCAAUAGCGGCCUGAAGGAGAACCAACACAUCCCAGCCUGGAGGUUCGACCCCAGUCUAGGGGCCUGGUUGAAGAGCAUCUCCCCAGCUAGACACAGAGACACACAGGUCUCCCCGUUUCUCACCAUCUCCCUGUCUCUCCCUCGCCAUCUCCCUGUCUCUCCCUCGCCAUCUCCCUGUCUCUCCCUCACCAUCUCCCUGUCUCUCCCUCCCUGUCUCCCCGUUUCUCACUAUCUCCCUGUCUCUCCCUCGCCAUCUCCCUGUCUCUCCCUCGCCAUCUCCCUGUCUCUCCCUCACCAUCUCCCUGUCUCUCCCUCGCCAUCUCCCUGUCUCUCCCUCGCCAUCUCCCUGUCUCUCCCUCGCCAUCUCCCUGUCUCUCCCUCACCAUCUCCCUGUCUCUCCCUCGCCAUCUCCCUGUCUCUCCCUCGCCAUCUCCCUGUCUCUCCCUCGCCAUCUCCCUGUCUCUCCCUCGCCAUCUCCCUGUCUCUCCCUCGCCAUCUCCCUGUCUCUCCCUCGCCAUCUCCCUGUCUCUCCCUCGCCAUCUCCCUGUCUCUCCCUCGCCAUCUCCCUGUCUCUCCCUCCCUGUCUCCCCGUUUCUCACUAUCUCCCUGUCUCUCCCUCGCCAUCUCCCUGUCUCUCCCUCACUAUCUCCCUGUCUCUCCCUCCCUGUCUCCCCGUUUCUCUCUCUCCCUGUCUCUCCCUCACUAUCUCCCUGUCUCUCCCUCACUAUCUCCCUGUCUCUCUCUUUCCAGGCGUGGUUGUGUGAAGCCUCGUCUGUCCCAGCGGAAGCUGACGCUGUCGUCUGGUCUGGAGGGCAGUAAGAGAGACCAGUCCACCUCUAUGUCCCACCUCAUCAGCAGCGAGGUUCAUUUGGAGCUGGUCUCUACGACAGCAGAACCCGACAUGACCACACCCAUGCUCAAACCCUCCUCCUACGAUCGCCAUGACCUGGUCUCCCAUGGCAACCACAGCCGCAUGUCUCUAGGAAACCACAGCCGAAGUCGUCAUGGCUCGUCGCUAGGCAACCUGACGCCGCGCAGCAGAGACUACCGUCAGUCUGUGGAGACGUUUCUGUUAAAGUCAGCCCUCUCCGCCGGGACGGAUGCCGGCUACCGCCAAUCAUACACCUCUAUCUGCUCAUCCAUCAAUCAGCUCCCAGAUAGACUUUCCUCCUCAAAUCAGGUGCAGGCGUCAGCAAGUCAAUUGAGUGGUGUUGGGGAGGGCGGGACUAGUGUGCGUGAGGCUACCUCGCCCUGCUCCCCACCUGUCUCCCCUAUCAGAGGGGAGGGGUGUGAGCGCAGACCCCCAGACUACCUCCUGUCCCGGUCUGUGGACCACCUGGGCUCCCUGCCCCUCUCCCUCCCCAGGCCGGGCCAGCUGUUGUGCUGUGGCUCCGUGGACCUGCUGAGUGGAGGAGACGGUUACCCCAGGAGGAUCCGGCCCACCCUGGUGAUCCCAGCCCACUACAUGCGCCUGCCGGGGGAGCACCCGCUGUGUGGCCAGGCCCUGUUCUUACAGACUGACCAGCAGAGUGACCUGGAGACCAUCCAGGCUGAGCUCAACGCCUCACACUCCCAGCAGCCCCUGGGGCAAACACACGCCGAUUAUGCUAUCGCCUCAGCCAACCAGGGACAAGGAGAGGGGCAAGGGGAGUGGAGCAGCCUAUCAGAGUCCCUGUCUAUCCCGACAGCACUUGGGGAGUCAGGGAUUAUGCAAAUGAACGGCGAGGACACGCUAUUGGCUGAGAGGAAACUGAUGGAACUGCGGGGAGGGAAGCCCCUCACACACCCGCGCGCCUGGUUCGUCUCAUUGGACGGUCGGUCUAACGCCAUAAGACACUCUUACAUAGACUUGCAGCGGGCUGGGCAAGCCAAGGGGAAUCCAGGUGGAGGAGGUAGCCAUGGUAACAACAGUGGUGGUAGACAUGUCAACGGAAACGACGCAAGUCUGGACUCCGGGGUGGACCUGAAUGAGCCCAGAGCAGGGCGGAUGGGGAGGGAGGUAGAGAGGAAGGUAGGAGAGAGGGAAAGAGAGAAAGACAGAGAGAGGGGGAGGACAAAGAGUGGCCCUCCUGCCAUGGCCUACACCCAGCGGGUAUAUGUGGAUGACCUGGAGGGGGAGACUCCUGAGUGUAGCCCCCAGGACAGCCCUUUAGGUCCAGGGUUGCAGAACACACAGGGACAUCAACAAGUAGAGGAAGAGGAGGAGGACAGAGGAGAGGAAGAGGAACACAGAGGAGAGGGGAUGAUACAGGAAGAGGCUCCUUCACCCCUCUCCUCCCCCUCAUCCUCCUCCUCUCCACCCCCACUCACACUCACAGAGUCCGAGGGCGUGGUCUUCAGGACUGAGCAUGACCAACCGGCCCUAUUGUCUGUUGCCCCUGACGACCACGGAGAGGAGGAGGAGGAGAAGAAGAAGAGCCCCUGGCAGAAGAGGGAGGAGCGCCCCCUAUUGGCAGUCUUUAACCUCAAAUAACCUCUGACCCUUAACUAUAACUUUACUUCCCCUCCCACCACCCCACCCCAGAGUGACAUGAAGAAGGAUUGGCCAGCUAUAGAUCCAGAUCAUUCAGGAAGUACAUCUGCACUGGGAGCUAAAUGGAAUUGUCAGUGAAUGGAAACGAUUGGAACAGUUGGAACUCCAUACAUUCUAAUGUCUAAUCCUUCCUGUGUAUCAUCAUAGCCCCACACUACAUGGACAGGCCACUGACUAGACAUGCCAUAGAGACGUUGUCUGAGUGAUACAGAUGAACUCCUGAACUAAAAACAAACUUAACAACGUCAGAGAACAUGUAAUGCACAACUGCUAUGCCUUUAGUAAAUUAGCUGUGUCAGCAAAAAGGGGCUGUGGAAUAAAGUAAAAGCAAUAUGGCGGAUGUCUACUGGCAGGUCUAGGUAGAAGGAGUAGUAGUGUUUUCAGAUCAGUAACUAGGACAGGAUAUACAUACAGCAGGAAAGGAAGCUACUCUAAUGUAUAAUGCUGCCCAGAGGCACAGAUCUACGAUCAGUUUUCCCCCCACAAGUCUUAAUCUGGGCGGCAGGUAGCCUAGCAGUUAGAGCGGUGGGCCAGUAACGCAAAGAUCGCUGGUUCGAAUACCCAAAACCAAGACGGUGAAAAAUCUGUCGAUGUGCCCUUGAGCAAGGCACUUAACCCUGAUUUGCUCCAGGGGCGCCGUACUACUAUGGCUGCAUCUAUCCAGUGUAUGUGACACUAAAACAUAUUUUGUUAGGUUUCCAUUUUCCAAAGUUAGGGUACCUUAGAUUAGUGUGUGUGUAACUUCAGUUUCCCAUCCACACGACUGGUGAAUCAGAUAAUGGGAUACAGCCCCCUCUGUUGGUGACUGUUGAUAUUGCAGCACUCUACCAGUGAGGUUUUAUAUGAAGGUUUUGUGCGUUGAACCACUGACUUCGGCAUACUUUGCUCUGAACGGCUGGCUAUGCAUCACUUUUAUACAGUUGCUUGAGAUGCCUUGUUUUGUCAUUUUAAGUACUCUGUGAUUUUAGUUGCCAAACUGUUUUACUCAAAUACGUUUAUGCUAUUUUCUACUCAUAUGUUUUAUCGUUUUUUUUCCCUUACUGUAAGUACAGAGUUUUAACAGACACACACCCAAGCCUUUUCUCUGAAACCAAACCGCAUCCUGACGUUUGGAAACCACUAUAAUCGACUUCCUCGUUUUCCAAGUGCCUUUGAACAAGUUGACUCGUACACAUCAGUUGAUCAGUUCAGCUAGCUAUUUAUUUCUCCUAUCCCCUGUUGAGCUCUAACCCUCCACUACCUCAUCCCUCUCUCCUUUCCUCCCUCUGUCCCUGGCAGACAGCAUGCAGCAUCCCCCUCUCUCCUCUCCUCCCUCUGUCCCUGGCAGACGGCAUGCAGCAACCCCCUCUCUCCUCUCCUCCCUCUGUCCCUGGCAGACAGCAUGCAGCAACCCCGUCUCUCCUCUCCUCCCUCUGUCCCUGG